CAAUCGGAUCCAUCUCAGCGACGAACCUCUGUUGACGGAGAGAAACCGAUAUUUGCCGUCAAUUUACUUACACCCUAAGUGGCAGCGGCGGCGCCUUCGCCGGCGAAGAUGCGCAGGAGGAGAUGUGGAGGGAGGUCAGCGACAGAGAAGCGGGAAAAAUACGCCCGAGCUUAUUCACCAGCAGAGUCCGUUCGCGCCGCGUCGCCGCCUUACAACUUUCGAACCGUAAGGAAAUCGUCAGCCCUCAUCGUGGUGCCGUCAACUCUAUCCAGGUUGAUUUGACAGAGGGUCGAUAUUUACUGUCGGGUUCAUCAGAUGCAUCCGUUGCCAUUUAUGAUAUUCAGCAAGCUUCAGAUUAUGAUGAAUAUGGCUUGAUUGCGAAACACAGGAGUCUAGUUGCCGUUGACAAGCAUCAUGAACAGGGACAUAAAUUUGCUAUAUCAUCUGCUAUUUGGUAUCCAAUAGACACUGGAUUGUUUGUCACUGGUUCUUAUGAUCAUGACAUCAAAGUGUGGGAUACAAAUACUUCCCAAGCUAUUAUGGAAUAUAAAAUGCCUGGAAAGGUUUAUGGCACUGCGAUGUCCUCCAUUGCAACAACCCACAUGCUCAUUGCUGCUGGAAGUGCAGAUGUUCAAGUCCGUUUAUGUGAUAUAGCUUCUGGAGCAUUUACUCAUACAUUGUCAGGGCAUCACGAUGGAGUAAUGACUCUAGAAUGGUCGUCCUCUAGUGAAUGGGUUUUGAUGACUGGAGGGUGUGAUGGUGCCAUACGCUUCUGGGACAUAAGAAGAGCAGGAUGUUUUCUUGUUUUAGAUCAAUUACGGUCUCAACUUGGGAGGAGGCCAGCUUUAUCUGUGCAUUCAUUGAAGAAUGCAAAUGCAGAAAGGAUGACUCCCGGAAAAAAUUCUGCCAAAGCUCCACCAUCUCAUAAAAGAGUGCCUUCUGGUAGCGUUAUGAAGAACUUGAAUAACUCUAACAAACAUCAAAAUCUCCCCAGAGGGUCUGCAACACAGAGACUACACCCGGGAAUGUCGUCCAGUCUUAAUCGGGCAACAGCCCAUUAUGGUGCUGUGACUGGAUUGAAAUCAACAAAGGAUGGCAUUUAUCUGAUAAGCUCAGGUUCUGAUUCACGGCUGCGGUUAUGGGAUGUCGAAUCUGGAUGCAAUACAUUAGUGAAUUUUGAAGCUAUGAGACUCCAGACAAGCAAACCAUUACAAUUGGCCAUAUCACAUGACUCAUCUCUUGUGUUUGUUCCAUGCAUGAGUUCUGUCAAGGCAUAUCAUGUUUGGUCGGGUGUUACAUUUCAGACAUUACGUGGCCAUUAUGAAUCAGUAAACUGCUGCUAUUUUAAUUAUCAUGAUCAGGAAAUUUACACUGGAAGCAAUGACAGGAAAGUUCUCGUUUGGUCUCCAUUCAGUCCAGCAGUCACUGAAAUGGUACGGAGCCAUAUCGACCCUCCAUCUCUGUCAUCGUUGCAUGUGAUAAUCAAAAGAAUCAGAUCUAGGAUGUUUUCAAAAUAAAUGUACUUUAAAAAUACAAUAGUUAUUUAGUUCGAUGCAAAUUAAAUGCAUUGAUAUGUUUUUUAUAUUAUAAUACAUUUAAAUGUAUUAAAAUAUGGAUGUGUUGGUGUGAGGUGACACGUGUUUGCAACAACCGGCGGUGGGCAGCAACCACAGGAAUUGAGAGUAGGUACACAAGUUUUAGUAAUCGCCUAAUAUGAGUGAUUUCUAAAUGAAACGAAGUUA